AUGUUCUUGUUCAAUGCAGCAGUGAUGGGCUUCGGGAAUUCCAAGUGGAUGGACAUCAUCUUGGACCAGUUUGACGCUUUGGUCGUGAACAUCGCCAACUCCUACCGUUUGCAGGACGUGGACGCUACUAAUUCGGGGCUCCUGGCCGUGGGAUUGGGAGAGCGAAACUCCUGCAGCAGUGGUGCCGAUGGUUCGCUGGAGGUCCGGCCCGUGGCGGGGAACACGGCCAACACCAUGCAUCUCAAAAGGAUGAUGCCCCAGCCGGAGCCGCCGCUGAUCUUCCCCGACUUCCCCGUACGGACGGAGAAGGUCACAGUGUCCAAGGACCUGCCUGGAGGCAGCUUUGUGGACAAGGAGUUCCCGGCGGCUCCGGAAAGCAUUGGCGGAGUGACAGGGGAUGAUGCGAAUCCCAAUGUGGGCAAAUACUUGCAGGAGAUGUUGCACUUGGUGGUGCCUGGCUGGGUGCGCCCCAUGGAGAUGAUCGGCAAGCACGCCGGCGAGUACAAGCUUCAGGGCGUCACCGGAGAGCCAUGCCUCUUUAAGCAUGCGUCUCCUCGCGACAUUGAGCAGGGCUAUUUGGGCGAUUGCUGGUUGGUGUCGUCCUUCUCCGCCCUGGCCGAGUAUCCCGACCGCGUGCGCUCGCUGUUCAAGCAGAAGGAGCUCGCAGAGGAUGGACGGUAUGACAUCAGGCUCUACUGCCCUCAUGAGGAGGAAUGGAAGGUCAUCACCAUUGACGAUCGUAUCCCCUAUUGGCAGCGCCCGGGCCGGUAUGGCCAACCCUGCUUCGCGAAGCCCACCAAGGAAAAUGAGUUUUGGCCCUGCCUCUUGGAGAAGGCCUGCGCGAAGCUGGUGAAGGCCUACUAUCGCUUGGACGGCGGCUUUGAGGCGGUAGCUUUGGAGAUGUUGACGGGGAAGCCCGCCAUCAGCUUCCAGCUGAGCUUGAGCGGAACAGGCACGCACUUGAGAUCGUGA